UUAAAAAAAGAGUAAUUCUUGCAGCUAUUAUUCCCCUUCCCCUUAUAUUCUCCUUGCAGCUAUUAUUCUGGUUAAAAAAGAGUAAUUCUUACAUUUUGGUCUGAUUUAAUAAUUCAAAUGUCUGGCCUCAUUGCUAUACAUUUUAUUUGUUAUGAAAGCUUUCGUUUGUGUUUGUAGGGUAGAGCAACUUUGUUUAUUGUUUAUUGUUCCUUUUUCUCUUUUUUUCUUCUUCUUUGUUAUUUUUAUUUUUCCAAAAUUAAAAAAGUAAUAAUAGUUGUGUGCCUUUUUGCAGUCUGUUGAAGGAAUGAAAGUCCAGUGUCAUGAGCUGACACAAGCCACUAAUGAUCCAGAAGGUAGUGCAAUGGAUGAACUUAUUAAAGAUGCAGACAGACUUGUUUCAUGCCUUGCAAAUAAGGUUGCCAAGACCUUUGAUUUCAGCUUGACAGGAGCAUCAUCUAGAUCUUGUAAAUAUGUUCUCAACACCCUCAUGCAGACAUUUCAAAACAAGAGACUGGCUUAUGCUGUCAAGGAAAGCACUCUUGAUAGUCUAAUUACUGAGCUCCUUCUAUGGCUGUUGGAUAAGAGAGUUCCACAUAUGGAUGAUGGCAGCCAGCUUUUAAAAGCUUUGAAUGUUCUGAUGCUAAAGAUUCUGGAUAAUGCAGAUUGAACUUUAUCCUUUGUUGUUCUCAUCAAUCUCUUACGUCCAUUAGAUCCUUCAAGGUGGCCCUCACCUGCAUCAAAUGAGACAUUUGAUGUCAGAAAUCAGAAGUUCUCUGAUCUGGUUGUUAAAUGUUUGAUAAAACUUACAAAGGUAACUUCUUGUUUUAGCUAUUUUGUUUACCUUUUUUCUAAAGUUUUUUUUUUGUUAUCUUCUGUUUCAAUGGGUAAUCUGACAUAUUUUACAACUUGGCUUGCCUACUUCUCAUAGGUUCUUCAAAGCACUAUUUAUGAAGUCAACCUUGACCGCAUCCUUCAAAGCAUCCAUUUGUAUCUGCAAGACUUGGGGAUGGAAGAAAUUAGAAGACGGUAUGCUUUUUUCUUUUAUUUUAUUUGGAAUAACAUGCAAUCUACUACUAUGACUGAUAGUUACAAUUUGUGAUUGCAUAAUAAUUGGUUUCUUCUCUCUUGCAAUGUAUAAAAACUAUUCAGUGCUGGAGCCUCCAUCUUUUUUGCUCUCACCAUCUUUGGUACUCACCAUGAUCCAUUAUUUUAUUUUAUUUAUUUAUUUAUUACUAUUUUCUCAUGUUGGCUGUGGUGAUGAUGAUCUGUGUUUGCUAUUGGUGGUGGUGAAUUCCAAAGGUGAUGGUUGAAGUGGUGGUGUUUAAACCUUGAAGAUGUGAUUGGUUCUUAAUGAAUUUUCAAAGUUCAUGAAAUUUCUAGCAUUAAUCUCUAAGGGAAUUUA